GCAUCGAGUGACCAAUGUUUCCCAAACGGGUUUAGGGUUUAAGGCAGUUGGGGUUAUUUUCCGCCCUGUGUUGCCCGUUUAUAUUAUUUAUCCGUCAACUUUUCUCUGCCGACAGCCGCCGUCAUGUCCAACAACAAUGCCAGCAACAACUUAAUUGUCGCUCAAAGGGCCGUGAAGCAGCUCCGGUUAGAGGCCAGUGUCCGGAGGAUAAAGGUGUCCGUGGCUGCUGCUGAGCUGAGAAACUUCUGUCUGCAAAAUGCCUCCAAGGACCCUCUCCUGGUCGGGGUCCCCUCUAGUGAUAAUCCCUUCAGACCCCCUAAGUCCUGCUCCCUGUUCUGAGGUAGGUCUGCUCGUCCCUCCACUGAGGCUGCAGGAUGGUGAGUUAAUAUGUGCAGUUAAUUACAUUAGGGAAGAAAUUAAUUACACAUUCACAGUUUACACUGAAACCAGUCUACUAAAUUUAGGCAGGUGCUAUAAAGUCCCACUAGAGAAGCAGUAUAAAAGGUCUAAUAUUUCACAUGUCUUGACUUUAUUGAACCCUGCAUACAGGUUUGGGGCUAGAUUAAUUAGCAAAUUAUUUUCUUGACUAACCAUUUUGUCUAUUAACAGCAUUUGACCAUCACAGGUUACCAAUGUGACAUCUCCAGAUUGAUCUUUUUGUCCAACUAACUGCCCACAACCUAAAUAUAUUAUAUUUACAUGUAGUAAAUAUGAUUUAAAAUGAACAAAUAGCCAAAACCUGACAAUGGAGAAGCUGGUACAAGCACAUGUUUGACAUUUUUGCUUGAAAAACGACUCAAAAGAUUAAUAGACUAUUAAAAUAAUUGCAGAUUAAGUUUCCCUCAGUGGAAUAAGAAUGGGAUAAUUGACAAAUUGUUUCAGCUCCAAUUAUGUUGCUAAUUUAGGCCGCUGGUUCUGUGCCUAUUUAUUUUAUUGUGCUGUACUAUGCUUUGACCUCUGCUAUAAUUUAUUUAUUAAUAUAGAUGCUUGACCACCUUGUGAAGGCAAAAGCAAGUUUAGACCUGUUGUGGAUAAAUUCUAAUCUAAUAUCUAAUUAUACUUUUGUUACAAAUACAACAAUUAAUCAAUAAGUCAAUUGACAGAAAUUAAUUGGCAACUAUUUUAAUAACUAAUUGUAUACAUCAUUUGUAAAGCGCCAAACAUUUGAUUUUUCCAGCUUCUGUGAGUUUGGUGCUUUCUCUUUUAUAUAAGGUGAUUGAUUUCUCUUAUUGUUUUGUUUGUAAAGAAAUGUCGUCAAGGCUGUGGCAAAAGUGUUUUGACUUUGAAAAUUACUUGAAUUGAAUUACAUUAUGAACCUAAAAUGAAGGGUUUUUACUGAAUAAAAUAAAUAUUUUAAACAUUAGGUCAUAUUUGAAUUACAUUUCUAAUGAAAUUACAUUACUUUGAGAUCCUGUUGAUCUGCAUCGAAACACUGACGUAAAGUCUUUGACUCAUUGCAGUAAAACAAUAAAACAUGAUCACUUCCAAGGGGGGUAAACAAUUUUCAUAGGCACAGUAAACUUUUUUUUUCAAACCAUUAAGGAUUGUAAUGGGAAUUUCAUGAGAACCAUCUUUAAAACACUGCCAUGUAACUAAUCUCACUAGGGGCCUCCAGGGGUCAAUGGAAGGUAAAUGUGUGUGAUGCUUUAACAUAUGUCCAGUGGGGUCAGGACUUUUAAGUGUUUCACCACAUGUACCUUGGACAUGGGUGUCUUUCUAUAGAUCCAGAUUGAGUGUCCCCUCGGGAACGCUCAAAGACACCUUGAUGAGAUAGUACUCCGACCCUGAGACUAAGAUAAAAGCUGCAUGAGCUGUUACACUGCAGCUCACUUGGAUGAUACUCUCUGAUGCGUAUGUGUCCCUGUGAGUUCCUUCUGCAGAAGACUUGAAUAAAAUUCACUGAAAGACAA